UCAAAAGUAAAAAAACGUAAAAAGGAUAAAAUAAAUCAACCAUGACCCAUCAAAGUGAAAACUUUGAUUUUUCUGGCCUUUUCAAAUUGGACGUUCUUGUGCAGCUUGAUAUAUUAGCACAUAGCUUUUACGAAGUGGGUCUGAAGAAGUAUUUGGCCGUUUCUAGUGAUAGAGAGUUGGUGUUUAUAUACAUAAAUCCUCAAGAAGACAGAUCAGAUAAGAAUUAUGAUUGGGAUUUUGUAGAUAAUCCAAUUUAUUGUAUGUGUUUUGAGCCUAGUGGCACUUGGCUGUUAAUUGUUAGCGAGGAAAAAGUUCUUCUCGUACCAUUUCUACCUAUAUUUAUGUCACAAAAUACCUUCGAUCACAAGUGGUCGCUUUCUAGUGUUACAGUGUUGCCUUUGGGCAAUUUAUCAAAACCUUCUUCAGUGGUAUGGUGGCUGACAAAAAAUUCUGACAACAUAUUGAUUAUUGGAUCCAAGAAUGGGACAAUAUCCUUCUAUUCCCUGGAGUCACAGAGCGUCAUUGGGGAGACCAAAGUGUCAGGAGAGAUAAUAGAUUUACAAAUAUGUUUUGAUGACUCAUUAGACUUGCUCACUCUAUUGAUCUCUGGUAACAAAACGCAACAAUGGAAGCUAGUUCUCGAGCACAGAUCUAUUGGCUACAACUGGUUGCAGCAAAUGAGACAUCAGACUGACAGUAACAAGAAAGACGGUUUCAUGUCAUAUAUAAAACAGUUAUCCAAGGAUAAGAUCACUUUCCUUACACAGGGAGGCUCUAAAGAUGACAGCAAGUGUACAGUAGAAUAUGUGCUUAAACCAACUGAGUACUUGCCUUUGUUCAGAAAGGGAUCCAAUAAUUGGACUUUGACAGCUCAAUAUGUAAAUGGACGACACUUUUUAACAGCCUUUGAAUUGAAUGAAGGAACAUUGAUUCUUGAAAGUCCAGAAGAAGAAACACCAUCAAGAACGUUGAGGCCUAAAAUUAAAAAAGACUGUCAAUAUGUGCUGGGAUUGUGGUCACAAAGACUUAUUUACUUAUUGCGAAAGAAUGUAUUGGAAAUUCAUAGUGCUAGUUUUUCUGUCAUACAGGGAGAAUCCUUACUAGGAACAAAAAGAGAAUUUACUGAACUAUGGGCCGCUGAAAUGAUAGGUGAAGUUCGGAGAGGUUACCUAAUGUCUACAAAGGAACCGUCCGCGUUUACGGGCGGAUGGCGCGAACCUACUUUUAUGUGUGAUCUACAACUGCCAAGAUUUCAUAUUGAGCCUUGCUUAGUUGUUACUACUAAUGGAGUUUACAUUUUGAACACUGUCUGCGAGCCGUGCGAGUGGCUGGUGGGAUUGGUGAUGCGCGGCGGCACAGGUGCGGAACAGUCCGCAGCGGCGCUGGCGGCGCCCGUACCAACACUGUUGCGCGCCGCAGCGGAUAUGCUAUUGUCCAGGGGCAAGAUCGCGCCUGCACACUAUUUAUAUUCAUUAUCGCAAUGUGCACCCGACGGUUGGGUGGGGCGUCUCGGGGUUUUUGGGAGACUCCACGAGCUCUCUAUGUACAAACAAUCUGGGAACGUGAGUAGCUUGGGCAACGCAGCUAUUACGAUCAAACUGUUAGCGCUUUUGCUCAAAGUUGGCACCAACAGUGAAGAAAAGUUUGACAUGGACGCUAGGUUCACAACCCUUACCACAGUGGAAUUGCAAGAAUUAUCCUCCAUAGCGGCUGCAAUAGGUCUAUGGGAUUUAUUGCCUGUGUUUAGCAUACAUCGCGGGCAUCCAACUUUAAUGCUUACGGCGCUGAAGGCACGUAGCGAUUUAUGUCGCGGUGCACUCAAUAGCCUGCUGAGCGAGCGAUGUCUCGUGCCUUUAUUGUUAGAAGAAAACGCGCAAUGGUUGUUCCAUUUCGUCACUGGACAGUGCGAUAAAUUUGAUACGAAGAUUUUAAAGGGCCUAUGUUUGUGGUUGAAUCCUCUACAAGACCAAUUAAGGCCAGUUAUGCGCGAUUUGAAACAAGGAAUAACAUCAAUCUAUACGACACGCAUGUUGAAUCUCAUAACAACAUUCAUCCAUGUUGCAAGUGCAAUAGAAGCCCGGAGUCCGUGUCAAGAUAUACACAUAGAAUUACCGCAGACCUCAGAAACUUGGAAGAACCAGUUUGUGUCCAAACGGAUCGUGAGUUGUGGACUUGCCCACUGGGCAAUUGUUGAUGACGGCAAUGCGAAAGUUAUGGUUGCAAAUACCCUGAUCAAUACAGAGGUUAUUGGACGGGUGAUCGAUGUUGCCUGUGGACGACAUCAUACACUUGUUUUGACUGAGAAUGGGAUAUAUUCCUCGGGAGACAACUCCUACGGCCAGUUAGGAAUAGGCACUUCAUGGCCAGGUGCGAUAGGCGACGCAGCCUCUGCUACCGGAGCUCUAAUGCAUGUGGCCUACGAGUGGACCGCACCCCUUGUGUCUGUCGCAGCUGGACACUAUCAUUCCGCUGCUGUUGAUAUUGGCGGGCGUUUGUAUACUUGGGGGUGGGGUGUCCAUGGCCAACUGGGUCUUGGAAGCAUCGACGAUGAAUGCAUCCCGCAAUUAGUCACAAAGUUUCAAGGAAGGAAGGUCCUGAGGGUCGGCUGCGGGGCGUCGCACACGACAGUACUAAUGAAGAAUGGUGAGGUGUGGGCCUUCGGAGCAGGCGUAUUCGGGCAGCUCGGCAACGGUUCCAGGGAGAAGAGCUCCUUGCCUGUCAAGGUUGCUCUCGCGGACCCUAUUGAGAUGAUUGCUGUGGGCUACUUUCAUAAUUUGGCGCUGUCGGUCAAAGGCCAGCUAUGGUCGUGGGGCGCGAGUCCGCAGCAGGUGCGAGCUGCGCACGCGCGGCGCACGGCCUCGCCCACGCCCGACCCCCCGCAGGAUCCGCACCUGGUGCCGGCAAUUGUGGACCUGCUCAACGUGCGGGGACGAAUUGUACAAUUGUCGGCUGGUUGGCAUCACUCGUGCAUUCUUAACAACAUGGGCACAAUAUACUCCUGGGGGUUGAAUUUUGACGGGCAACUGGGCAGUGGCGACAGGAAACAAAUCCAAAUACCUACAGAAGUGAAGGUUCGUAAUGACGCACACCCGGAUAGUGACAAAAACCAGAAGACCCCAGAGGGUGACAUUAAAGCGACAAAGACGAAUGCCUUGGUGGCGUGUGGAGGCGAUUUUAGUAUCUACAUUGAUGAUGAUGGACGGAUUUAUGCUACCGGAAGUACACAUUUACAGGUCGAACGAGAAAAGGAUAGCAAAUUAAACAACCGGGUAAUCAUGAUGAAAACCACAAAACGUGUCAUUAGAAUACCGGCCAGCCGUGGAAGCAACAAAUUUCUGUUCCAACCUGUCGACAGAAUCGAUAUAAUGUUUCCCUUCGAUAUCGAAGGUUUGCAAAGAAGGUCUAUAGAAUCCCAAUCAAACCCAUUAACUUCACACGAAGACUUCGAUAAGAAAACUUGGGCUGACGCCGUCAUCCUGCUACUUAAACCAUGGAUAAACGAAGAAAAUCUAAGUGCAAAUCUCAAUAUGGCUGCCAAGUUGACGUAUCAUAAUAAACUGUACGCAGAAUGCUUAAGGCUACUACUAGAUAAUUUAAAAUGUUCACUUCAAGAGGAUCAUAUUUAUCUUAAACACACCGAACUACCCGACUGUGAAGAACCGGAUAAAGCCAAAAUUCGAACGAAAGAAGAACUUCGAUUUGUCAUUACAGACAUCAUGUCCAAACGAAUCAAAGCUAUAUCGCUUAGCAUUCUUAACGAGGAUCCCUAUCCCACUAUUGACGAUUCUACAUAUCAAACGCUGCCUUGCUGUUGUGAUGAGGCAAGCUAUUUUGCAAAUGGAGUGACAAAUAAAUCAAUUGUAAAUAUUACUGACCAGAAUUUGUCUUUGAAAGCGGCAAAUAUUAUAGACAAGUGCAUUAGUAUGUUCCCUGUCGAUACGGACUUAUGGGAAACUUGUUUUCGUCUAUCUAAAAAUUUCUUUUUGGAAAAUGAUCUUUGCAUAGCCGAAUUAGAGAGGGUUUUACGGAAAUAUAUGGAGUCGAAUGCAACCACAAUGGCAGCUGCAAUAAUGUAUUCGAAUGACUGCACGCAGUACAGUAAAAUUUUAUCACCUAAGUUUUAUUUGAAUAUGUGUAGCCAAGUAUUGGAUACUUGGGGAUAAUUUUGAAAUACUCGUAUACACUUGUAAAACGUCGAUAUUAUCAGAUAUUAUAUUAUUAUCAAUUAUUAGUUAUUAUCAGUGUGAAUCGAACUUUUAUAGGAAAUGUAAACGGCAAAUCGACGAUUCUAUUGCAAUAAAUUUAAGCAUGAUAAUUUUCAAAAAAAGGUCAAAUCCAAAUAUCUUUAUUUCAUAGGUAACAAUUAGAUUUGAAACCGUCAAAUUGAUUUCACACUACUACUGAUUCAUAACUCUCAGAGAAAAAUAGGUAAGAAACUAGGGCUUGCUCUUUUUCGUUAGCCAUUACAUGCCAUACAAUAUUUAUUUCAAACAUCAUAGAAACAAAGAAGAGCUAAACGGGUCACUUCCGACUUUUGUCAUCACAGUAUGUAGUACAUAGAAAAUAUAUAAAUAACCUUUAGUAUAAAGUUUUUGUUUCGCUAUAGCUUUUAAACCUCAUAGAUGACAAAUUUCUAAUAUUAAUAGCUACUUUAUUUUAGGCCCUCAAAUGAAUUUAUAACUUUGUGAAGACAAUUGUCAAGAACAGCCAGUUUGUAUUAAUAUUGUCUAUCACUAUUUUUUUAUGAAAAAAUUAAUAUUUUUAACAUAAAAUUCAUUUUCAUUGAUGUAAUGCGACGCUAUUGCAAGAAUGUUAAAUUUUUUUAAAGUUAUCUCUCUACACUUGAAGUGUGUAGAUAGGUUCUACAGUAUUGUCUUUAUAUAAUAAGAUAUUUACGCUUGUUUAGAUACGUAUUUGUUUAUGAAUUUGAAUUGUGAAAAAACUUAAACACUAAUUUGUUUUCUUUUAUAAUAAUGAGCAAUUAAUAUAAUUGAAUAUCACAUAUUAUUUUUUAAGUAUUGGUUCGGAUACGUUUGUCGUUACAAAUAAGCAACAUUCGCACCAAAUAUCUGUCAUUUAACUCAUGUGAAGGCAGUGUAAUUCAGCGAAAAUAAGUAACUCAAAUUUCGUAUAUUCAAAACACGGCGGAUUUGUGGUAAGCCAGUUUGGAUGUACUCUGCAAACGAGAUGCCGUAGGGAAUUUCUUUAGGCGUUUGGCUCCUCAGGGCGCCUUCAAAUUAGACGCUUGCAGAAGUGCUGCAGUGGGGCAUUGUGGCUCUCAAGCGCGCCGCUACUAAUUUUCAUACAAUAUUUAGUGAACUAAAAAUUACUGAAGUGCUACGGGCGCAUCUAAUUUGAAGGCCCCCGCCCUUAGGGUGAGAAAUAUUUUAAUAUUAUGAUAGAUAAUCGUUCUUUGGUCGCUUUUUAUCUACAAUUGUUACUUGUUAUUGUUUUUUCGCGUGUACCUCUUAGUUAUAGUAUUGUUUGCACAUAAUGAAUUCACGCAAGUGUUGGAUUGUUUAUGAAAACAACUAAUAAAAUUUUAAUACGUAAUGAUUUUUUCUAGUCAUAAUUUUAUGUGUUAUUUUUUACAUUAUAUUGUAAAAUUGUUGCUAAUAAUUAAAAC